AUGAGUCGGAUACAGAUGGAGUGGACACACGCAUAUGUGUGGACCCUCGGGCAAUUAUCUGGAGUGCGACCGGAGGUCCGCCGUUCGGAGAGCAUCGAGGUUCCGCGAUGA